GCCUUAUUAACAUGAUUUUGUAAUUUAGUUAUAUAGAAUACUUGAACCUUUUUAUUUUUACGUCAAAUUACACACAAUUCAAUUUUAAAGUUGUUAAAGUCGAAAUUUAACAACAAUUAUGCCGAAACAGACCAGGUAUAGAAGCGCGUCAGACAAUUUUUACAGCCCCAGUGAAGGUAUGAUUCAAACUGAGUUUUUAACUAAGCCCGAUAAAGAUUCAAAUACAAGUAAUCAACCAUCGUCGUGGACUCAGUCUGACUUUCAUAGUGAGUUUCGUCCAACCUCAACUUCCAUUAUAACAACAGAAGUGGAGAUCACACAAACUUUUCCUCUUGAAAUAUCGUACCUCCAUUCUGCCUUAUUUGCUACUGUAUUGGAAGAUACACUCAUAAAGUUGUCUAUUCUUGUGGACUCCGGUACACAGAUCCUAAUAAAUAACCUAAAGCAAAGCAUGGAUGAGAAAUGGGCAAAGAAGUUCGGAGUAGAACCGGGACCGAUUAAAAAAGACGAGUUAUCAGGGGUUACUUAUAAAAACUUACAUUUCGAGGAGUUCAAACUUGAUAAGUUGGAUAAGGACAGGGCGUUCUUUGCUGAAGUUAUUGGUUCGACGUAUUUGGAUUUAGCACUACGAUUGAACUUUUCUAAGCUCAAGAGAUACAUCUUGGGAAUGCAGCAGGUUAUGAAUUUCUACGAAGUAAUCCUUGAAGAGGAACUCAAGAAUAGAUCGAUUAUCAAAGAACUCCGCAAACAACUACGCCAACAGCGUGUGCAGAACAAAACAUUGAUUUACGAUGCAAUGGUUAAACAAGAUACUUUAGAGAAGAAGAUCGAAGAUGCCGAGAUAACAGCGGAAACGAGUGCUCGACAAGUGGGAUAUUGGGAGGGCGCGCGCCGAGAGCAAAAUCUGGAGAAGAUACGCCAAACGGAAGAAUAUUACGAGGACAACAUCGCUUUGUUCAAGGAUAAACAAGAGCAAGAACAGCGAGUGCAUGCAGAGAUCGAAACUUUUGUUACUAUUGCGACUAGGGAUAUAAUGGACCAAGUUGAGUUCUGGAUGGCAAAAUAUGAAAAAGACGUGGAACAAAUCGAUUUGAAGCUUCAAAUCAAGAGGAAUUAUUACCUUGGCAUGGUAGACAAGAGGGAGGCUAUGGAACAGACGAUUGAAGAACGUAACAAUAAAAUGGAAGCGUGGGUUCAGGUAAAAUCCAACCGCAAAUCAGAGGGAGAAUACAUGCAGAAGAUAAUACAGUCCGCAAUCAUUGUUCAGGCUUGGUGGAGAGGUUUAUUAGUGCGGAAGCGGUUGGGACCAUAUAGACCGUCAAAGAAGAGGAUGUCAAUAACAUUAGACAAACUUGCUAAGAAGCGGAUAUAAUACUUACAUUUUGUUAGCUGUAUAUUUAUAUUUCCCUUUUACAAUAAAUUGCGAAUAAUAAAAUCUUAGAGAUC